UUGGAUUUUAUGAUUUUAUGCAUGUUUGCUACUGUUCACAGGUGCGCACCUUCGUUCAUAUUUUAGAAAAGUGUAAUCAAGAUUGGUUUUCGGUGCUGUCGGUAUUAGAGAAUCUGUUUCUUGAACUUCCAAAAACCUUGCCAAACAUCAAAGAAGUAUUUUUGAGAAGCGACAAUGCUGGUUGCUAUCAUAAUGCUGCCUUAAUCACAAGUAUCCAUACCAUUGCUAAGAAACAAGGCCUGAUUCUGAAGAACUACAGUUUCAGUGAGGCAAAUAGUGGUAAAGACGUUUGCGACAGAAAUAUUGCACCACUUAAGGCACAUAUUAACAGAUAUUUGAAUGAAGGUCAAGAUAUCACUUCUGCUGAACAUCUGAAAGAAGCUAUUGAUUCCUAUGGAGGGUUGAAAGGAUGCCAAGCUGCUAUAAUUGAGCUAGAUACAAAUAUACAAAGUGCCACGAAACCUUUUAAAUUAAAAGGCAUUAGCAAGCUUAAACAAUUCGAAUAUAACAUUGGUGGAGAAAUGACGGUAUGGCAGGCGUGGAAUAUCGGAAAGGGUAUGAAAAUAUCGAAGACUGGCAGUCCUCAAGGUGAGACGGGCGUAAUCGUAACGCGGCCAUUUCUUGAACCAAAAGUGACGUCUGGCAUUUUAAAGAAAAUUAUAGUGGAACCUUCUUCAUGUCCAGCUGCAAAAAAUGAGCCAAAUGUCCCUGAUGUAAAAGACAAAGAACCUGUCAAGUUUUAUUGUCCCGAAGAAGUAUGUAUUAAAGCAUAUAGCUGCAGUCGCUAUCUUAAACAGCACCUUGAUAUUGGAAAGCAUGAAUUCAAGCUUCACGAAGAAUCACAGUAUGAUCAAAUACGACGGAAAUGGGCGCAAAAAUGCACUUCUCUAAAACCUCCAAACCCCUCGUGUCCACCAAUGGUUAGCUCGGCUUCUACUUCAGAAGAAGUACAUGUUCCUGAUCUAGUGACCGGCUGGGCAUUGAAAAAAUCGAAGCAGUGCAACCGAUUUCCACUGCACGUGAAGAGCUACCUUGUAGGGCAGUUCCUGAUUGGGGAGGACACAGGUAGGAAAGUGACGCCAGCAGAAACAUCGACACGAAUGCGUUCCAUGCGUGAUAGUAACGGGAAACGAGUCUUCGAUAAAGAAGAUUGGCUAACGGUACAGCAGAUCACCAGCUAUUUUUCAAGACUGGUGGCGAUGAAAAAACUUGGUCAGUUGCCACCAGCACCUCUAACUGAAGAAGAAGAGGAAGAAGUCGAAGUUGCCGUGCGUACGACCGAAAGAUAUAAUCUGCGGGAGAGAGUCUUGAGGAAGCUCACUUUGUGACUUCUUUAAUCGGUCUAGCUAGAGUGUAUUUUGGGAGGACCUUGCGA